AUGAUCUUCAUAGCAGGAACUUUAUUCACUAGGAAAGUGUGUGUCACUCUAUCCAAACCAAAGCAUACAUCUGAUUUAUUUUUAUCGGCAACUAUCAGGAGCACUGUAAGGAUGGAUGGAACAAGCAACCCACGAUUUGUCAAAGAGGAGGAGGUGGCGAGAUGUAAAUGGAUGGCUCUGAACAAGAUUACCUAUGUUGAUGCCCGAGGAAGAGAAAGGUUGUGGGAAGCAGCCAAAAGAACUACCACUACUGAUGCGGGCUGUGAUGCUGUUUGUGUGAUUGCUGUCCUCAAACGCCUGCUGAAGUUUGAUAGUCUUGUCCUUGUUAAGCAAUACCGACCUCCCAUGAGAGGAUACACACUGGAAAUGCCAGCAGGAUUGAUGGAUAAAAAUGAAACACCAGAGCAGACUGCUGUUAGGGAGCUGAAGGAGGAGACAGGCUAUACUGCUACAGUAAAACAUACAUCUCCUAUUACCUGUAUGGAUGCAGGGACAGAAAGUGCUACACUGCAGAUCGUCACUGCAGAGAUUGAUGGUGAUACAGAGGACAACAAAAACCCAAAGCCUACACCAGAAUUCAUUGAAGUAGUUCAUGUCCCAAUGAAUGACUUGAUUGGAAAGCUGAAUGGCUACAAUUUCGAAACCAUUCCACUCAGCUCCACAGAACUUUCUGUAUAUAUUGGGUUAGUGCCCUAG